UACAGCUUGAGCACAGCAGUCAUGGCUGUUGCCUCCCCUCUGAGAAACCUGGAGGAUGAGGUACUGUGCUCCAUUUGCCUUGACUACUUGAAAGACCCAGUGACCAUUGACUGUGGUCAUGUCUUCUGCUAUCACUGCAUCAUUAAGGUCUGUGAAUCUACGAGGAAGACAUUAUCCUGUUCUCUCUGCAAGACGGCUUUUAAGAAAGAGAACAUCCGUCACGUGUGGCAGAUGGCCAGCCUGGUGGAGAACAUCUGGAAGAUGAAGGUAGAUGAGGAGAGACAACCCAGAGAGGAAAGACCACCUCAGCAAAGCACAGAGAAACUGUGUGGGCAACAUCUGGAGAAGCUCCAUUACUACUGCAAGGAUGACCGGCAGAUGCUAUGUGUGCUGUGUCGGGAGUCCCGGGAGCACAGGCACCAUUCUGCUGUUCUCUUGGAGAAGGCAGCACAGCCCUAUAGGGGCAAAAUUCUAAACCAUCUGAAGAUUCUAAAGGGAGACAGGGAUAGGAUUCAGAAUUUUCAGACUACAGGAGAAGAUGAGAUUCAGGCCCUGCUGACAAAAUUCCAGCACUACAGGCAAAACAUUGCAUCAGUGUUCGAACAGGGCCAUCAGUUCUUGAGAGAAAGGGAGCAGUACUUGCUGGAGUGGCUGGUGAGGCUGGAGCAAGAGCUCACUGAUGGAAGGCACAGCCGUGUCACCAAGGGCUCCGAGGAGGUGGUCCGGCUAGGGUCCUUGAUUUCUGAGUUGGAGAAGAAGGCUCAGCAGCCAGCACUUGAACUUUUGCAGGACCCAAGUGACAUAAUAAGCAGGUAUCCCCGGAAGAAGUUCUGGAUUGAAAAGCCUAUCAGUUCUGCCAUCAAAAAGCGGGCAGAAGAAUUUUCAGAUAAACUUCUUUCUUUAGAAAAAGGACUGAGAGAAUUCCAUGGAAAGUUGAUGAGGGAUCUGGAGUAUAAGACAAUGAGGAUCAUCUUGAAUUCCCAGACAGCCAAUGGCUACCUCUCAGUGUCACCGAAUGGGAAGAGUAUGCUGUUCACUGGCUUGUGGAUGAACAAACACCAGCGUGGCCAGCGAUUUGAUCCUGAGCCUGGCGUGUUGGGCAGUAAGGGCUUCACCUGGGGCAAAGUGUACUGGGAAGUGAAAGUGGAUAGGAUCUGGUGGAGAACAGAGGAGGAAGAAGAAACAGUGAGAUGCAGGGGUGGCACCAGAAGUGUGUUUGCCAGUAGCUGUCUUGGUGGGUUCUUAGGCAUCACUGAUGGGUAUAGUUCUCUUAGAUAUAGAAAUGAGAAUGAAGAGUUUGAGGAGGAAUGUUCUCAGGAAAAUGGACUGUGGCCCAAAUUCUGCCUGGUAGGAGUAGCAAGAGAGUCAGUAGUGAGAAGAGGGUUUCUCAAUUUUACCCCCGAGGAGGGAUUCUGGACUCUGCAGCUGUCCUCAGCUGUUGUCUAUAUAUGUAGUAGCUCUGAGCCUUUCCAGAUCCUGUCCUACUGUCCAAGGCAGAUAGGAGUUGCUUUGGAUUAUGACGGAGGAAAGGUAACCUUUGUAAAUGCUAGAACUCAAGAGUUUAUCUAUGAAUUCUCAUCUCCCUUCACUGGGAGAAUUUUUCCUUUUCUAUGGCUUAAUUGUAUGAGAUCCAGACUUACACUGAGACCUUGAGAAGCUACCUCAUGGCCACAGUCCUAGGUUUCUUCAUUUAUCCUUUAUUUCUAUCAGUUAUUUCUUAAAGAGUCUUUGUCAUAUAAUUUCUCCUGCCAUCCUUCUUUUUUAUUUGUUUGCUACAGGGUGAUGUGCCUACUUGAGAUAGGGAAAGUGA